AUGUUUAAACACUUAAAGAUCAAAGAAAACAGAUAUAUUGACACAAUCCAUGAAACAGCUAAAUGGGGAGCAAAAGGAGUUUGGGGACCUGGUGAAACCGAAACUGGUGUUUGUAGAUUAGCUCUUAGUGAUGAAGAUAAGAAAGUAAGAGAUUGGUUUGUUGAAGAAGUUAAAUCUUUAGGAUGUAAAGUGACAAUUGAUGCCAUGGGGAAUAUUUUUGCCGUUUAUCCUGGUAAAAAUGAAGGUUUACCAUUAGCAAUUGGUUCACAUUUAGAUACUCAACCCACUGGUGGAAGAUAUGAUGGUAUUUUAGGUGUUUUAGGAGGUUUAGAAGUCAUAAGAACUAUGAAAGAUAAUGAUUUUGUUCCAAAUUAUCCAAUUGCUGUUAUCGAUUGGACCAAUGAAGAAGGAGCUAGAUUUCCAAAAUCUUUAAUGUCAUCAUCAGUUUGGGCUGAGGUUAUCGAUAAAGAAGAAGUUUACAAUUUAAAAUCCAUAACUGAUAAAAAACCUGUUACUGUAUUAGAAGAAUUAGAAAGAAUUGGUUAUAAAGGAGAAACUGAAGUUAGUUAUAAAGCUAAUCCUAUCAAAGCCCAUUUUGAAAUUCAUAUUGAACAAGGUCCAAUUUUAGAAGAAAAUGAAAAGAAAAUUGGAGUUGUUAAUGGUGUUCAAGCAUACAGUUGGACUAAUGUUAGAGUUAAAGGUUUGGCUGUCCAUACGGGAUCAACUCCUUUCAAAUCUCGUUCAGAUGCAUUAUUAGCAGCUUCAGCUAUGAUCGUUAAAGGUAAUGAAAUUGCUAAGAAACAUUCAGGAUUAUUUUCUGUUGGUUCAAUUGAAUGUUUACCUAAUGUUGCCAAUGUCGUUCCUGAAGAAGUUGUUUUCAUUGCUGAUGUUAGAAGUACUGCUGAUGAAUCUUUAUAUGCCAUUAAGAAAGAAUAUGAAGCUGAAUUUACUAAAAUUGCUGGUGAUUUAGGUAAAAACACAACUGUGGUAUUCGAAGAAUUGAUUACUUUCGAAAACACCAGAUUUGAUAAAAAAUGUAUCGAAUGUGUUAGAAGUUCAGCUAGUGAAUUAUUUGGUGAAGAUAAGAUCAUGGAUAUCAUUUCAGGUCCUGGUCAUGAUUCUUGUGCUACUGCUACUAAAGUUCCAACCACCAUGAUCUUUAUUCCUUCUAAAAACGGAAUCAGUCAUAAUCCUGCAGAAUAUUCAAGUCCUGAACAAUGUCAUGAAGGGUUCCAAGUGUUAUUGAAUUCUGUAUUGAAAUAUGAUUCUUUAAGAACAGAUUAG